AUGUCCCUCCAGGUGCCCAUGGCACACCGCUCCAAGGAGCAGGGCGCGACCAAGGCCGUCAUCUUGGUCGGCGGCCCUUCGCGCGGCACGCGCUUCCGCCCCCUCUCGCUCGACGUCCCCAAGCCGCUGUUCGAGGUGGCCGGCCACCCCAUCAUCUGGCACUGCCUGUCGUCCGUCGCCCGCGUCCCCGUCAUUCAGGAGGUGUACAUCAUCGGCUACUACGACGAGUCCGUCUUCCGCGACUUCAUCAAGGACUCGGCCAAGGAGUUCCCCUCCAUCACCAUCCGCUACCUGCGAGAGUAUCAGGCCCUCGGCACCGCCGGCGGCCUGUACCACUUCCGCGACGCCAUCCUCAAGGGCCGGCCCGACCGCCUCUUCGUCCUCAACGCCGACGUCUGCUGCUCCUUCCCCCUCGCCGAGAUGCUCAAGCUUUCCGUUGAGCGCGACGCCGAGGCCGUCAUCCUCGGCACUCGCGUGAGCGACGACGCCGCCUCCAACUUUGGCUGCAUCGUCUCCGAUGCCCACACCCGCCGCGUCCUCCACUACGUCGAGAAGCCCGAGUCCCACAUCAGCAACCUCAUCAACUGCGGCGUCUACCUCUUCUCCACCGAGGCCAUCUUCCCCUCCAUUCGCUCCGCCAUCAAGCGCCGCCUCGACCGCCCCGCCCGACUUCUCUCGUACCCGUCCUCGGACAACCUCGAGACGUACAACAUGCCCGCCGCGGGCGCCGCUGAUGACGAUGACGAGGAGGAGCGCAAGAACGAGGUUAUCCGCCUCGAGCAGGACAUCCUCGGCGACAUGGCCGACAGCAAGCAGUUCUACGUCUACGAGACCAAGGACUUUUGGCGCCAGAUCAAGACGGCCGGGUCCGCUGUGCCCGCCAACGCGCUGUACCUGCAAAAGGCGUGGCAGUCGGAGAGCGACGAGCUGGCCAAGCCGAGCGCCAACAUCGUGCCUCCCGUCUUCAUCCAUCCGACGGCGCAGGUGCACCCGACGGCCAAGCUAGGCCCCAACGUCAGCAUCGGCCCGCGCGUGACCGUCGGCGCCGGCGCGCGCAUCAAGGAGAGCAUCGUGCUCGAGGACUCGGAGAUCAAGCACGACGCGUGCGUGCUCUACUCCAUCAUCGGCUGGGGCAGCCGCGUCGGCGCCUGGGCCCGCGUCGAGGGCACGCCCACGCCCGUCAACAGCCACUCGACCAGCAUCAUCAAGAACGGCGUCAAGGUCCAGAGCAUCACCAUCCUCGGCAAGGACUGCGGCGUUGGCGACGAGGUCCGCGUCCAGAACUGCGUCUGCCUGCCCUACAAGGAGCUGAAGCGGGACGUCGCCAACGAGGUCAUCAUGUAA